CGCAGUGGCACGAACACAGUUGGAAACUCAGCUCUGUUGCCCACUUAGCUGAGUGACCUUAGGCGUCUGAAUGGAGAACGCGUCUCUCAGCUACGAGUACGGGGAUUACGGCGACAUUGGGGAUCUCCCCGUGGACUGCCUGGACGGCGCCUGCCACUCCAUCGGCUCGCUCCGUGUGGCCUCGCUGCUGCUGUAUGCUGCUGUCUUCCUGGUGGGGGUGCCAGGCAACGCCAUGGUGGCCUGGGUGGCCAGAAAGGAGGCCCGCCAGAGGGUCGGUGCCACCUGGCUGCUCCACCUGGCCGCAGCGGAUCUGCUCUGCUGUGUGUCUCUCCCCAUCCUGGCUGUGCCCAUUGCCAGUAGGGGCCACUGGCCAUACGGGGCAGUGGGCUGUCGGGUGCUGCCCUCGGUCAUCCUGCUGUCCAUGUACGCCAGCGUCCUGCUCCUGGCCGCUCUCAGCGCUGACUUCUGCCUGCUGGCGUUCAGGCCCACCUGGUGGGCAGCAGCUCAGCGGACACGGGGGGUGCAGGUGGCCUGCGUGGCGGCCUGGAUGCUGGCCUUGCUGCUCACCGUGCCCUCUGCUGUCUACCGCCGGCUGCACCAGGAGCACUUCCCUGCCCGGCUGGAGUGUGUGGUGGACUACGGCGGCUCAGCCAGGAUCGAGGUCGCAGUGACUGCCACCCGGUUUAUUUUUGGCUUCUUGGGGCCUCUGGUGGUGGUGGCCAGCUGCCACGGUGCCCUCCUGUGCCACGCAGCCCAACGCCGUUGGCCGCUGGGCACGGUCAUCGUGGUGGGGUUUUUCGUCUGCUGGGCUCCCUAUCACUUGCUGGGACUGGUACUUGCCGUGGCUGCCCCGAACUCUGCGCUCAUGGCCCAAGCCCUGCGGGCUGAUCCCCUGGUCGUGGGCCUUGCCCUGGCUCACAGCUGCCUCAAUCCUGUGCUCUUCCUGUAUUUCGGGCGGGCUCACCUCUGCCGAUCUCUGCCUGCUGCAUGUCACUGGGCCCUGAGGGAGUCCCAGGACAAGGAUGAAAGUGUGGCCAGCAAGAAAUCCACCAGCCAUGACCUGGUCUCAGAGAUAGAAGUGUAGGCUAGAGGGACACUUGCUUGUAUGUUCCUAUCCCAUUUCACAAGAUGGGCUUCAGGCAUAGCUGGAUCCAGGGGCUCACCAAUGUCUUCAUUUUAUUCCUUCAUUCAUUCAACAAACAUCCAUUAUGCACCUGCAGGGCCCAGUUAUAGGCACUGUCCAUAUAGCAGUGACCAAAACAGACACAAAUCCUGCCCUCAGGGGCUGACAUUCUAGUGGAGAAAAACAGACAAUAAACAAAGGAAUAUGGAGUAUGUCAAGUGGCGAUAAAUGCUGAAAAACCUAAGGAGAUGGAGCAGGCUGGUGGGGGAGGGGAGGGUUUAGCCAGGCUAGGCCUCUUGGGUAAGGUGACAUUUGAGCCAAAACCUGAAGAAAGGAGGGAAGUCAUGCUUAAAUUUGGGUAAGGGGCAUUCCAAGCAGAGGAAACAGCAAGAGCAAAGGCCCUGGGGCAGGAGGUACUUGACGUUUUCCAGGAACAGUGAGGAGGCUGGCAUGGGUGAAGCAGAGUGAGCAAGGGGGAGAGCGGUACGAGAUGAAGUGGGGGGCAGAUUUGGAAAGCGUUCUAGGCCAUACCACGUGUUUGGGGGGCCAUGGGAGGGUUCUGAGCUAUGGUUACCAGAC